AUGACCUCCCAAAUACAGAAAGAAGAGCAAGCUGCUGGUUUGAAACAACAUUAUUCCACUUCUCAAAGCAGACAACAAGAAUCAACAACAUUAAUGAGCCAAGAUAGGUCUCCGACAGAGGAGGUCAUGAAGCUAGCUGCCAUUGCACUAAGCCUAAAUGUAAGGCUAAGAUCUUCCGACAUGCCAGUUGACAUGCAGGAACGUGCCCUACGCUAUGCAAGAUCAUUUCUUGACGACUCAUCACUAUCAUCAGCUCCCAAGCAACGCCCCAAUCCUACCCUCCUUGCUCGUGCCCUUAAAAAGGAAUUGGACUCGGUGUAUGGGAUGGCCUGGCACUGUGUGGUAGGGAAGAGUUUUGGGUCGUUUGUGACUCACUCACCUGGUGGGUUCAUGUACUUCUCAAUCGACUCGCUGUUUAUUCUUCUCUUCAAAACAGAUGUGCAGUUGGUGACGGAAUCGGAACCUUCUUCUCAAUCUGUUGACUCACUUUGA